AUGGCAGAGCAGCAAGAAAUCGACGCUGCAACUACCCCACACGAUGCUACCGAGUCGAUCGUGCAGGUUCUCUCCGAGGUCCUCAAACAUCCAACUUACGCCUGUGGUGGUACGAUUGAAUACACCUCAGACAUCGAUGUUCACUGGGACUCCGCGGGUUCGACUGAGCGACUUGUAAUUCGUCACAACGAGUGUGGCCCUGAGCCGGAUGCCCUUGAAAAGCUCUUACAGGAUGCUAUCCCUGCUGAUUCUGCAGUCCGGGGCAAAGAAGUCACCGAUGAGACGUACCGCAAAGCUUUUGAGCUAGACGCAUCUACAUUUUGCACCAACUUUUCUCCUUACGAGGCUGGGAUCAUCGAUUUCAUUGGCCAGGGUCUCCUUCCAAAGUCGCCAUGUGAAUCCCAGGCGUAUUACGAGGCUGAGUUGCACAGGCUGAACAUAGGUCAUCAUUUAUACCUAGCCUUCAUUUGUCACUCCACGGCCUUUGACUGGGCUGGCCCUGCCAGGAACAUUCAAUGGGUCGCCUUCUACGACGACUGUGAGCCCGAAGUGCUUGAAAUCAUCUCCGGAUAUCGCAUUACGUUGAUGUAUAACCUCUACGUGCGACGUGGUCUUGGUGAGCUGGCUGGGUAUACCGACGCGAUGAAUGUUCAGCAACUCCCGCUAUAUCAGCUAGUUAAGGCUGCUAUGGACGAACCAUCUUUCAUGCCAAAAGGCGGCGUCCUUGGCAAAUACUGCAGCCACGACUACGGUCACGCUAGUGAUUUGGGAUUUGAAACGCUACCAGAUGCCUUCAAAGGGGCCGAUAUGAUGGCUUACGAAGUUUUUCGCACGCUUAGACUAACUACGCACGUCUGCCCGGUUCUUUACAUUGACGAAGGCAUGAAAUGGGUCCUAGAUAAGGAAGAGGAAGAGCUUGAGAUCGAGGAUCGAGUUGGUGCAUUGGCUCGUAUAGGAAACACGCUUUCUAAGCCUGAGAUUGAUGUGUAUCGUCUGGCUGAGUCUUUGGGCGGGACGCUCGAUCAUUAUUCGCAUGAGCUGUGGAAGGUAAACUGGUUGAAUGAUCCCACACCGGACACAGCAAACAUUCAGUUCGCCUGCUGCUACAGUGGCAGUGACGUCGACGGGCUAUACAGCCACUGCGCCCUUCUCGUCAAUAUCCUGGCCUACAAUAAGCGCCUUGAUCUCUUGUCUCGCCUGUAA